GCUAGCUCCAAUCUGAGCUGUGUGACCGGGUUGUGUACGCCCUUUGUAGACUUACCCGGAAGCUGAUGUCUUGAGAGAGAAGGCGCGAAUAUGAACCCUUUAACUAAAGUGAAGCUGAUCAACGAACUGAAUGAGCGAGAGGUUCAACUUGGGGUGGCAGAAAAGGUGUCUUGGCACUCGGAAUACAAGGACAGCGCCUGGAUCUUUCUUGGAGGGCUUCCUUAUGAGCUGACAGAAGGGGACAUCAUCUGUGUGUUCUCACAAUAUGGGGAGGUUGUCAACAUUAAUCUUGUGAGAGACAAGAAGACUGGGAAAUCCAAAGGAUUCUGUUUCUUGUGCUAUGAAGAUCAGCGGAGCACGGUUCUGGCUGUUGACAAUUUCAACGGAAUUAAGAUCAAAGGAAGAACUAUCCGUGUGGACCAUGUGUCAAACUACCGGGCUCCUCAGGAAUCAGAAGAUGUGGACGAUGUGACCAGAGAGCUUCAGGAGAAGGGCUGUGGGGCUAAUACACCUCCGUCAAGUUCUCCUGAGGUCUCUGAAGAUGAAGAUGUCAAACCCAUAAAAAAGCACAAAAAAGACAAAAAGGAGAAAAAGAAAAAAAAGAAAGAAAAAGAGAAGACUGAACACAAGGUGCAAGCAGAGCUGCCAUCCUGCUCUUUGUCCUCCUGCAGCAAGACGGUAAAGGAGAAGGACGAUCCAAAGAAGCACAGCAGCAAGAACGCAGAGAAAGCCCAGAAGUCCGAGUCCAGAGAAGGGAGGCAGAAGCACCCAGGCUCCCCUGAAGUCAGGAGGUCCUUCCAUGGUAGAGCAGAGGACCCCGAGUGGGAGCCAAAGAGAGAGAGACCCAAGCAUGAGCAUAAGUCCUCGAGUAGGAGGGAGGAGGAAGAAAGGAGCAGAGAGAGGGAUAGAGGGAGGAGCUCAGGUACUCAUUCCAGCAGGCAUGGUGGCCACUCAGAAGGGCGGAGUCAUAGAAGUCGGAGCCCGGAUAAGUCCCAUAGGCAUAAAAAGCAUAGGCAUUCCCGGGAGCGGGAAUCCUCCCAUGCCAGUGACCGUAGACAUUACUGAAGCCUGUUCCAGCUGGCCAGCUCUUUGAAGAUAUUUUGUUGCAUAAAUAUCAAAUUCUCUUUGUUAUUGUUAUUUCUCUACGUAGGAAUAUAUAGGGGACUGAAUUCAAUCCCUUACAUGACAGAGUUGUUCAGAAGGUUAUAGUUUCAACAGCCAGAUAUCUUUUAUUUAGAAAGCCAAACAAACACGAUCCAGUGUCCCUGGGAAAAUAGUUGGUACUGACCAGGGUGUGUGGCUUAAAUUUGGUUUAUAGACUUGGCCCUUAAACCCAUAGACCUCUGAAAGGCGAGCGCAAGGCAGUGCUGGAGCUCUAGUCUUCAUGUUAGAUAUUUAGAGUCCAGCACUGUAAGACCUUACCAGAUGGCAGCUACAACUGUCGAGAGCUGCAGCUUAGGAGAGCUAGAGAGCUUAAGAUGGAUGUGACAGGAUUCUUAAGACCAACCAGUUCCCUCCCAUUUACAUUUUGUUUCUGGUUGUGUCAUCAUGCCAGGGAUGGAAC